GCUCGGAUCGAAACUGGCUGCUCAGGCGUACUUCGUCCUUGAUUAUUAUUAAAUUAAUCCAACUGUAAUACUAAUUAGCACAAAGUGAUUACAAUUGUAAAGUUGGACAUUUAUUUUACAUAAACCAGUUGGUAUUGACAGAUUAUUCUGAGACUUUCUCAGAUAGGUACCCAUUGUGCGUUUGGGUCGAUCGUGCGGUAUCUCGACGUUUUGACGGGUCGUUUAUUUGGCCGGCCAUUUUGUAUUUUUGUUUCGUCACUUCAUUUGCAGUUGAGAAAGCGGUACCGAAGUUCGCGGAAAAUAUUGAAGCUUUUCACAUCACGAUGUUCGUGUUGCUUUGAAUUGUUUUUCGGAGAUAUGGAUUGAGUGAUUAGAUCUGUGCGUUGUUUUCUGUCUUGACUUCAUUGUGAACUAUUUUGACUGACUAUAAUCGCAAUUGGAUUGCAGAAGAUUUGUUGUUGAAAGUGUAGCACAUAAAUAUAAACAAGGUUUUUUAUCAAGUGGACUUAAUGAAGCAGUUAUUUCUGAUGGUUUCUGGAUAAAGGGGAUGCUUGUACAGGAUGGCAACAAAAGUUAAAUCUGAUUAUCCCACAUCUCCACAAAAUGGUGAAUCAGAUGAAGAAGAGAAACAAGAUCCCGAGUCUAAUACUGACGUUGAAGAUACAAAACCGGCUAAAACUGAUGUUGCUGAAUUAUUAAAGAGAUUGCAAUCCACUGGGGCCCUAUUAAAACAACCCAAGAAAGAACAUCGGUGUCAUACUUGCAACGAGGACUUCCCAAAUUGGGAAGAUCUAGAAAACCAUUUAUUUAGACACGUGUCACUGCCCUCAGUGGUACUCGACAAGCUGCCUUCGGACGACGAAGAUGUUCCUCCAUCCGGAGAUGACAAUUGGAGCGACGAGGAAGACGAUGUCCCCGAUCCUCCGCAGCAAAAAACGCCCCAAAAGAUAGACAUAUCACAACUAAUGAAAAAAGGCCUCAUCAAGGCUUCACCACAAAAACAACCGAACUCCGACUCGGCACUAAGCAAACUCAGCGGCUUAGGUUUUACUAUAAAAAAAGGCUCGACACCAAUCAAACAAGAAAAGACAGAAUCUGAACCACAAAGUACUAGUGAUGUUAUGCAAAAAUUAGGUAAUUUAGGCGGUAUCAAACUUAAACUAAAAUCUGAUGGAGGAAAUACCAAUUCGUUCAAGGUUAUCAAUGGGCUCAAAGACUUUAAAACUUCCGACGAUGAGGAGGACGAAGGAAGUGGUAACGAGGAACCUAAAGAAGAACAAAUGGAUUCAGGAGAAGAGCUAGAAAAAGAUCCAUCUGAACACGAGUCGGGAGAUGACCAGGAACAAAUUACUACUAAAAAAGAGGUAUCUGACUAUAAGGACUCUUCUGACGAAGAAGUUCCAUUGGCCAUCGAAAAGGCCAACAAAAAGAUCGCUAGUGCAAUAAAAACUAUGCAAACUAAGUUAGCAAGCCAAAAAGAACAGGUUAAAAAGCAGAUAACACAUACAGAAGCCGAACAACCUCCUCUUCAGCCGAAUAAACCUGGAAAACCGGCUAUGAAGCAGACACCGAAAAGAGGAGCCACUCUGCCAGUGUCUAAUCCGAUUGCACCCACUCAAGGCAAAGAUAUCUCCACAACUUCAGCAGACAGACGUGACUCUCGAGAUACUAAUACGGAUAAUGUGACAGUCAAAAAAGAAGUCGAAGAUUCAGAGCCGCAGUCUUCAUCUGGUGCCAUGCCAUUAUUUUCCGGUCAGAUUAAAUCGGAGAGAACAUCUCCCGUGCCAACCGAUUCUGUAUCAACGCCGAUUAUUUCCGAGGUAAAGACCGAACCUGGUGCGACUCCUGUAAGUUCACAUAAAGUUUUGCAGAAUACUGUUCCUUCCAGUACAACAACAAGUAAUCUUCUUCCUGUUACUAAGACUGAAGACACUGAACCAACAAUUAUCGAAAUAAAUGGUGAUUCGAACGAUGAAGAUGAUGACUGCUGUGUAGUAUCUGCUACACCUGCACCAGAUGUUAAACCUCUGAUUCCUAAAACUGAAUCUCUUCCAUCGUCAUACCCUCCACCAGCCUACCCGAGCACACAACCUAGCUACGCCUCAUCGUCAUCUGUACUUGCUUCACGUUUAGGUGCACCAUCAACGGAAAAACAACAUUGUUUCAAUUGGAAUGCACCUGAUUCAAAACCUGCAAUUGAUGUUUUUGAAAAGAGUGCUGAUGAUAUAUUUGAAAGUUUACUCUCGAAUGCCAAAAAAGAAAAUUCAUUAUCAGAUGCCAGUGAAUACAUAUCCUUAGAUACACUAGGCCCACAACAUUCGUGCGACGUUUGCAAUGUUAGGUUUACGAGCUUGUCUCUCUUAGAUGACCAUAGAAGAAUGACCGGUCAUUCGUCAUCCUUAGUGGCUCCAUCUUCUUCUACGUUACUUCCAUAUAAUUCGUCGCCUAAUAUCCUAUCAAGCUUAUUGCCUGUAAAGCAAUUGGCUGAGCAAGUAGGGAAGCUAUCGGGAAUGGGAGGCUCUGGUCCAGGAUUCACACAUCAGCAAAAUGUUAUGAUCAACAUUCAGGCAUAUCCAGGUGCUGGUGGAAUGAUGGGACCACCACAGCCAUAUAAUAACACCCCAUAUUCGACACCACAGAACAUGCAUUCAGGAUUUCCACAAACUCCCACCAGUAUGUACAACGCACCAGGACAAACAAUGCCAGGACAGUACCCAGGGCAGAAUUUUAUGGGGCAGCAAGUAUAUGGGCAGCAAUUCCAACCUCAAAUGUCGAAGCCUGGUUACCCUGGGACUAUGUCACCGUCUACAAUACCAUAUUCUGCGGCAUCACCUCUACAAAGCAUGCAACAGGCGGUUUACGGGCAAAGUCCGGGAAUGAUGAAUAGUCAAGUUGGCCAAAUGGGCCCUCCUGGUUCGUCACCAAGUCAUUCUUUCGUACCUCCUUCAAGUUCAGGAGGCAUGACGCCGUCAUCGAGUAAUAAUGUUCGAAUACAAAAUGUUCAGACCUUUGCACCUGGGCAAAUGAUGGGCCCACCAGGACAACCAAUGCCCGCAGGACAAGAAAUGGGUCCUGGGCAUAUGACAGCACCAGGACAAUCCGUAGGAGGCCAAAUGCCAGCACCUGGACCUAUCAGAAUGGCAGCGGGUGCAAACAUUACUGGUACUCGUCCACGCAUGCCCACUGUGAGGGGAGCCAGACCUUCAAUAAGACCAGGAAUUCAUGUACAAGGUCAAGUGCGAGGAGCAAAGCCUGUACGCAUGCCAAUGAAGCGAGGAGGAGGCACCGUCGGCGGACCCGGCGCGAAGCGAAGACCUGAUAUGUUGCUGCCUGGUAAACAUGACAAUGAGGAUUGCCAAGUGAUGUCAAUGCAGAAGCAGCGCGAAGGACUGCCGAUGAUUCAUAGUGUGCAGGGCGCAAAAGACAAAUUAAAUUUCGGUAGCCAAAUAUCUAUAACUAAAAAAACUGUAAACAAAGAAGCUAAUGCUAUGGCGAACGUGCUAGCAGCGAGAGGGAUUAGCAUAAAACAGAAACAGAAAAGUCGAUCGCCGUCACCAGAACGCCCUAUACCGCACAUUCCUAAUUUAGGAGCGGGUGUAAGUAUUAAACAUACGUCUAAGUCUAGUAAUUUCUCGAUCCCAGAGGCUAAAGUGGGCGGAGGGAUGUUAUCAUGUAAAAUCUGCAAAAAGAUGUUCAUGAAUCACAAUUCUUUAGCUGUACAUAUGUCAAAUGCGCAUCCUCAGAGCAAAAUCCCGACAUUUAAAUGCGACGAAUGCCCUGCAUCAUAUCCUAAAUCUUUACAAUUGCAACAUCAUAAGAGAGUCUUCCACAACGUGACAGGUCCGAAUAGGGAAUUAGGAUUACCCGUUGUAGAUUUAGCUCAAGAAGACAAUUUGCAACGGUUGAGCAAUUUGGGCAUAUACAGUUUUAUUCCUUUGGCUAACCGUGAACAGGCGGGCGGGUGUUUCGGGAUACCGGUAAUAUCUGUUCACAACAUGCAGAAUGGCAUGACAAGUGGCUUGCAAGCGCUAGGCGCCGAUGGAUUAUUGAGUCUAGGGCCAUUAAAACCUCUGCCUAACACGUAAAAUUUACAUUCUUUUACGAAUAUUGUGUAAAUAAUUUUCAAAAUUCAUAUUAGUGAUUUAAGGAAAACAAUUUGUGUUAAGACAUCCAUUUCUCAAGGUUGAAGAGAAAUGAAAGUAUUUUGUAUACGAUAGUAAUCUCCUAAUAAUUGCGGAAGUGUAAUAAAUGUUGUGUAAAAUCGACUAUUCACUAUGUUACAUGUUGGUUACAUUUUAAUACAAAGGCAGGGAAAUACUUAGGGCAAUAGAAUAAUGCAUCUUGCAAAGUUGAAAAACAUUUCGACAGGAUGUGCUGUAUCUCUAAAUAUCUGUGACUGCUAUUCGUCAUGUUCACACGAACUUUAUUGUAUUUGCCAACGUGUAGGACUGUGAUUGUCAUAUUUAAUAUUUAAAUGCUUUUGUAAAAGUAAUACUCUACCAAUAGGUCGUCCAAAGUUUCCUAAAAAUAUUUUGCCACGUGGUUUUGGUCAACCUGUACUAAGUAAAGGCUAACGAGUUAUUAUUAUUUCUUUUAUGGCGGCCACUAGGCUUGUGCCAGUGUCAGUUUUAUUAAGAAUAAUAUAAAAAUAAUGGUGAUCAUCGUCAGUGGCAGUAAUGUUACAUUUGGGAAUUUUAAAGUACUAGUUUCUUCCUCUGACAACACGGAUAUCAGACGUCAUUACAAGCGUCACGGUUUCGAGGUCGAAAACCAAGUUGUCAACUUUUAUAUCCAGUAUAACUGAUAUUUCUAAACUAUGUAUAACAAUAAUUCGCACCUUUAGAAUGAAAGUGACCCAACACAAAAUUCCAACUUUUUGGGAAUACGCAAAAUAAGAUUUGAAAUUGGGAUAUAUUACUCUUAAAGGUGUAAGGUAUAUAAAUAAUGUUGAUACAUUGAGCUUUAUGAUUUCAAACAGUUGUUUCUGACCAUUUUAAUAUUUAAAAAUAUAAUUGAAACAAAUCUAGUCAAGUUACUUUUUUAUUGAACUUCUCUGCUUUCAUUUGACCCAACAAGAAUUAAAUUUGUUUCAUUUACAUGAGAUAAGCAACAUGUUAUGACCUUAUCAAGAUUAAGCCGUUUUUAUUGUGAAAGUCCUUUGAUUAAUAAAGUGAGUCGCAUUUGUAAAAAAAAAUAUAACGAAAAGUUAUUUUUUCACCAACAGUCGUGACGUAUGACGCAAAUACAGGUUCAACAAUAAAUGUGGCGAAAUUCGAGCUCUAAAUUGUCGUUUCCAACUAUAUGAACAAUCAGAUUAACAAUCAUAUGAAACAUUUAAAGAUGCUUUACGGUACUAAACUCAUUUUGUUAAUUGUUUUAAAUUAGAUCACUUUCAUUCUAAAGGUAAAUUCCAGGGACCAUUUGAAAAACGUAUAUACAUAUUAUUACGUGCCAAUAAAACAAAUGUACUACAAAUCACCGAAAUUAAAAUCGCGACGUGGUUACUGUAGGUAGAGACCUGGCCGCCGACAUUGUAAUGUUAAUUGUACAUAAAUAAUUAUAAUUAUUUAGCAUAAACAUAUUACGAUAACUUUGCGAAAGGAUAAGACUAGAGUACACGUAUUUUUAACUUUUAUGGAAGGAAUUUAAUUGUUAACUAAUUAAUCUCGUACUUUAUAGUUUGAUAAUUAAGUUCAUUCCAUGUCAGAAACCUUCCUACAGUAACCGAACUAUAAAACUGAGGAUUGGGUUUGAUAUGACGCUUUCUUUUAAAAUUUUAAUGGACGUACUAUUUUACUGGGUUUAUUUACAUGUAUAAGUUGAUAACACACUAUCGGUAAACAAACUUAAUUUCCUGUACCUACAACGAUUGGCAGUCUUCUCGUUUUGCUGCCUCGCGAUAAUAAAGUUACAACGGGUUCCAGGAUCUGGUGACAAAUGGACUAAUGUUGUUGGCAACAUUUUUUAUAGUUGAAUAAAUAUUGAUUUUGAUAAUUGGCUCAAAAUUUGCCAGGUACUCAGAGCCGUAAGUAACCAAAAAC